AUGGCGGCUGGUGGCGGUGCCACUUACCAAAGCUUGCCGGCGCUCAUCAACCACCUCGACGCCCACCGGGAGUCGGCCACGCUGAGCUUGGCCUACGCCUCGAUAUCCGACGAUGGAAUGGGCGAGGUCGCCAAGUUCGUGCGGGACAACCCCUUCGUGAAGCACCUGGACCUUCGCGGCAACAACAUCCAGGCCAAAGGAGCUCAGGCGCUGGCCAACGGAGUUAAGCUCAACCGAUCUCUCAGAAGCCUAAAUCUGAAGUGGAACUCGAUCGGGAAAGACCCAUCUGGGAUCAGCUCAUUAUGUGAUUCGCUCAAGUCCAAUCUGACUGUUGGACACGUGGACCUCAGGAACAAUCGUAUCAACAACGUUGGAGCGAAGCUUGUCGGGGACUUGCUCCGCGCGAACACAACGAUUACGCACAUGGACCUCUCUUGGAAUGACCUCGGCGUGGACGGCGGCCUGGCGCUGUUGGAAGGCCUAAAGGUGAACAACUCCCUGAUCGAAUGCCAGCUGAGUGGGUCCAAGGUCGGCGAGGAGACCCUGCAUGAAGUGGCCUUCCUGCUGAGAAGGAACAGGGCCUCCUCCGCGUACAAGGCGAGCUCCAACGACCCAGGCGCCAUCGCCGCGGCGGCGGACCCCAAGACGUCGACCAUAGCCAACGGGGGCCCCACGGCGAGCCCCACGCUUGCCAACACCACCUCCAGAUCCCUGGCCAUGGCAGGCGCUAGCGCCUUGGAUGGCGACGGCAAGGGCCCCGUGUCGCGUGUGCAGUGGACCGCAAAGGACAGCAGUUCGUUGAUGCUGCGGCUGAUGAUGAAGGAGCGGGAACAGGUCCUACCUGAAGACAAACUCUUCUAUCAGCAGAUUGCGGAGCACAUCGACAAGCUGCUGUUGGAGACCUCCAAGCACAAGCAGGGCCGCGUCGACGGCGAGGAUCGAGAGCGGCUCGCCACUACGGGCUUCCUUGAGCGCGAGCAGCGCUACACCGGCGAGAUUCGUGAAACGGAGGAGAUGCUGCAGCGGACCAUAGCCGACAAGGAGAGUUUGCAGAAAGAGAUGGGGUACAAGACGGCUGAGCUCAGGCAGCUGAACGAAGAAAGCGCGGCCGCCAUCAGGGACAGCGUGGCCUUCCAGGAGCAGGCCGCCGCCGAGGAGCAGCAGUUGAGGAAGGAGCUGCGGGACAUCGUCGCAGAGAAGCGCGAGUUGCAGGACAAGAUGACCCUCGGGAACAGGGACCUGGAGCUGCUUCAGGAGGAGAACGUGCGCCUCAAGAAGCAGGUCACUGCGCUGCAGCAGAGCGUCAACGAGAUGCUGGGAUGA